AUGUCGUUCCAGAACUUGAAUAAUGCUCUCGCCGCCAACGACGCGCCCACCUCCACUGCCAAGAUAUUGGAGUCAAUCAUUGGGCCCAGCUCUACGCUCGAAGGCGGUAGUUCGUUGGGCUUUGAAGAAGCCACUGCCCUCAUUCGAGUCGUCUUCACUAGCUCUCUGGACCAGUUUUUCAGUAUCCACAGAUGGCCCGAAGUCAGGCCUGCACACAAGGAGAAGGAACUCUGCGGGGCACUCAAAUUCGUGUGUAACUUCGCGUUCGGUCAAGAAUUCCCCCGCGCACCGGUGCUCCUAAUCCGCCGAUUUCCUCAAGCUAAAAAUCACGAGGAAUUAUGCGCUCGAGCACAAGGAAAAUCCUCACGAACUCAAGCAGACGGCGAACAUACAAGCCCAGCCGAAUUAGAAGAAGAACUCUCGAUUUGGCUGCUGAUUCGAAUGUUGUACUCUGCUGCUAUGACUCGUGACGCGCCGAUGGCAAAACUAUCUGAUGAUUGGCGGGCUGAUCGAAUCGAAUUUGUCAAUCUGCUAGAGGCUUGUUCCAUCUCUAUCCACUAUUACACAUUUUGUUCAGCAGACCGUGAAGUUCGAGCCACCGAAACUACUCGAGCAGUCGAUUUUGCCAAGUUCUGGACCACAAUCAAUGAAGAGAUUCGAUCUAUGCUGAUGGGAUGGAUGGAAGGAGGCGAUUAUCUAGCGUGUAUCGAGCUACUAGGCACAGAUCGCAGAACCCAAAUACCCCUGACAGAAGCUCGAAGCGACUGUUUACAGCUUGAGCAAAGGCCGUUCUCAAUCCCGAUCAUAUCUCAAUCGUUUGCGACCAACUUGCUUAUAAGUAGUCUUCGAAUUUAUUUUCGCAUAAUACACCAUUCGAUUUACUUCCUGAAUACCUUGCCGUCGGCCGUCGAAGCCCUGGUAACCCUGUGGGAGUAUACAAUGAGAUUGUUUCCUGAAGCGCACGAUCAACGCAUGCUGAACGAUUUGACAGACCUGCUGGGAUGGUUUUUUGAAGAGCCCAACGGACCCGCGCAGUUGAUUCUUGUUACAAAUCCCAAACAGCCCAAUUAUCUCGCCAGCUAUAUCAAAUCUAGAAGCCCAGUCUCGUUGGAUAAAAUUUGUAGUGCAAUCGUCGAUCAAAGCAGCAGCCUUUUCGCCUCGAGUACAUCUAGCGAUCAAAGCCAGCUUGCGGGCAAGCCCUGUGCGCAAAAUAUCAUCUUGGUACUCCUGAAAGUUCUGCGCUGGUUGGCGGAUGAAAACGGCAAAAUGACUAUGACGAGAACCAGUGAAUCAGCUACCCGACUCGUUUUGAGAUAUGGCAAAUCGAUGAUUGAAGACCUGCUAUCAAACAGCGAAACCGCCUUAAAUAUUGCCAGCCCAAACCUCCAAAUGAUGUCUCUUGCGCUCCUGUGUUGCCCCAUGGAUACUCAGAACAGCCGCGUAAAAUACAAGUACACAUCCCAGGAGACGUAUGCCAACUACCAACUGAUGGACUACGCUUCGAUAUACCGCUUCGAGUCAUUGCUAUCCGCGUUUACUCCGAAGUGGACCCAGCAGAUUAGCGCGCAGAAAUAUUGCACUGAAUUGGGAAGGUUCUUGCACUGGCUAGUCCAGAGCCUCCAAGCUAUUCACCUGCGAGUGACCCACGCCAGCACAACAAGCCCGACACGCAAACGAAAACGCAACGACCCUGAUGAACCCGAACCAUCAUCGUUUAAUGACAAUGCACCGAAUGCCUCCACCAGUAUUUUGCCGCCGGUUCGCUCUGAGCACCAGCUUCAAGAUAAUUUAACCUCAUCACCGAUGAACAUGCACUCCAAUUUGAUUUCAAUGCUUACUAGCUGCUCCACACUCGCUGAACUUCCAUCAGAUCUAAGAAAAACCAGUUUGACACAUAUCUUACUCCAAUCUCUGGAACGGAUUACUAGUCUGAUCACCCAUCGACCUGAGAAUUCCGAACCUCAAGUCAAGAUGUUUCAAACUGUGGCGCGUGGAUUUGAACUGCUAGGGUCCUUGAUAUGUAACUCGGCCCUACAGGACUCUGGUUUUUUGAACUCCGUUAAUUCCGAUGAUUUAUCGUAUUUACCGAGGGAUGACUUAAGAAAUCUAUUCCACUGCCCAUUAUGUGAUCGAUGUCAUCUUGAUCCAACAAAUACAAAGUCAUCCGAAUCCAAAUUUCUACCUCGAUGUAUUUUUACUAGUGCUAUAAUGCUGUGUCAUAACUCAGACUUGUUGAGCUUUAUGAGCCAGAAAAAUCAAAAAUUGGACAAAACACAAAAACCGAUCCAGCUUGCCAAAUCUAGCGCUCGGCUCGCAUUCAUCAGGUUCCUAACUCGCGUACUCAAUCAUACUGUCAUUGCUGACAUGAGCUCGAUUAAGGAAAGCCCCAUCGUAUGUACAUCGGAAGUCAACCUGAAGAUAGCAGUUGUGCUUGAACGUGGUAACCGGAUGGAGAGGAUUGCUGCUGGUCGAAUGCUUGGCGGCGUCUUCUCGAGUUCAUUACAUCUGUUAAGUAUUUGGCCAGCGGGUCAACUCUCCGAUUUUCAAUUAGAACCGGUCCUCAAUCAACUUGGUUCGCUCGCAAAAUCUGGCUCCCUGAAAGUACAGGAAACUUUGGCCAUCAGCAUCGUACAUUGCUUCGAGCUCACGCGGACCACCGACCUGGAAUUAAUAGACCAAGGUCGAGUUGAACUUCAUGACUCUUUUGGCCACCGGAUUUGCACCAUCUUACUGAGACAGAUGUGUCGAAGAUGCUCCUAUCUGCUCGGCGUGAUAAGGACUGAGAUGUCAUUUUUUAGCAGAAGGAUCGACGUAUCAAUCUACGCUUCAUUGGAUCGAUAUCUCCCAUCAUUGAGUCAAUUCAUGUUGAUUGAUCUAAAGUUUGACUCUUAUGUCUCCUCGCUGUUUGCGGACUUACUGGGGAUUUCGCUAGAGAUCUUUCUCAGUACGACCGCCCGUUACACUCUUCCUCUUCUAGUACUGGACUCCAACUCAAACAUGAUCGAAGCAAUUGCGAAGGCCAAAGAAGAGACCGUACCUGGAUUAUUAGUUUCCCAGGCAGCCGACAUUUUGACUGAAUUAUGCUCUCGAAGUACGACCAAAGAACUCAAAAGGGGUGCAGAAAUUUUCUACAGGUUAUUGAACGCUGGCCGAGAGAAUUCUAGCGACCCGAACCGAAUUCCAAUUCAGAUCGGCCGACUGAUGGGAAUGUCUGCCGGGCCGAUUUAUUUUCGAUUGAUUGUAAAAGUCGGCAAUGAAUCGGACCGAUCGCGCGGCCCAGAACGCGUGAAAACCGCCCUGCGGAAAGCCCUUCAACUGAAGAAAUCACUAGCUGAUUCCAAUCAACUUCCUAGCGACAAGGAAAUUCAGGAAGAGCUGGCAGAGUCAAUCCUGCCCAUUUUGUCGUACAUGAAUGGAUCUCUUCAAGAUUUGCGGGGGAAAAUCACGAUGGCAGAAAAAAUCAAAGUCAUGCACGGCCUUGGCAAUCUCAUCUAUCUCGUUGACUCGGGAGUAAGCAGUUACACUCCACAAAUCAUGACCAGUUUGCAAGCCUCGCUGGCCAUCCCCGUCCUAAGGAGUGCAACCUUGCAAACUUGGGACAUAUUUGUCAAGGUGACCCCUCCGAGCUCCUUGAUGCCUUUCAUCGGUCAAAUCUCGGCAGCGGUCGUCAGCGUCUGGCCUCAACUGACAGCGGACCAAAUUGACGUGGCGAUCUCAAUGCUUCAACACAUUCUUCGACAACGUAAACACUUAGGGUAUUACGCUUUCGAUAUAGCCGAUCUCACCGACUUAUCCACAUCCGCCAUUCCUUCUCACGACUUUCCGCGACUUCAUUCCGCAUUACUUGGGAUCAUACAAGAUCAAACCACCAUUAGAAGUGGCAGGACAUGGAAUGAAAAGCUGAAGAACCUAAUUGACCGAAUCAACAGUGAAAGUGAAAUUGUCAUUCGGCAGUCGUUGAAAGAACUCACUGCGAUGUUGGAGAAAGAUCCGCAGAAGAUGAAGAUGCUCAUGGUCGGCGACACGUUCCAUUAUCUCGUUGGUGAUGUUGUGAAAGCGUUGAUAGGAGUAACUUCACGAUGCAACGAUACUUCGGAUGACAUCAAAAGCAUGGCGUUUGAGUGUCUAGGUACCGUCGGAGCUGUCGAUCCGGAUCGUUGCGAGAUCAGUGAUGAGAAGACAGAGAUGUUUUUGGUUUCGAAUUUCUCUGAUCACGAUGAGUCUGUAAAUUUUGCGCUACAUUUAUUACAGGAAGAGUUGAUCGGGGCCUAUCGGUCAACUCACGAUUCCAGGCUUCAUACCUUUCUCACGUACGCUAUCCAAGAACUGCUCAGAUUUUGCGGAUUCACCCCUGACCUGGUCGAUGUAAGACGGGUAGCAAGUGUACCAAGUGCGAUUAAAAAUAAAUGGUUCUCAAUGCCCAAACAAAUCUUAGACUCUAUCAGUCCCUUGCUCAGCUCAAAAUUCAAAUUUUCCUUCGCAAACAAUAUGACCCACAAUGUACCCACCUAUAGUCAUACCACUCUAUAUAACUCUUGGUUACAGAACUGGUUACUAAGAUUGAUUACCUUGGUUGAAAAUAAAGACGCUACCGAUAUAUUUUUACCUUUCUUGGGUACCAUACGAAAUGGCGACUCAGUUAUUUCGCAAAAGCUAUUGCCUCACAUUGCUCUUCAUAUCGUCAUCUCAGGCCCACCGGAAGAACUAGAAAACAUGAGACUCGAGAUCGUCACCGUACUAGAGGAUCAAGUCGAACGUCGAAGCGGAUUCUCCCCCGAGGGCAGGCAACUUGUUGCACAGACUAUCUUCGGCCUGAUGGACCACUUCAGCCGAUGGAUUAGGGAUAGACAGAAAGCUCAAGGCGAAAAUGGAGGGUCCAAAAGGAGAGAUAGUAGAACAGACGCUGAUACAGCGCGAGUAAAGUCAAUCAUGAGUCAGAUAAGUCCAGAAUUGAUUGCUAGCGCAGCUUUAUACUGCAAAGAUCACGCCAGGGCGCUAUUGAAUAUUGAACAGCAAAUCGUCAAGCUUGAAGGUGGUCACGUCGCAAGUGGUCAGAGUAUGAUUGUUGAUGAACCAACUGAUGUUAUUUCUCCUCAAGAACAAUUACAAAAGUACUACGAAAAAGCCCAUGAAAUCUAUGCUGCUGUUGACGAGCCAGAUGGAAUGGAAGGUAUAUCGGCCAAAAUCACUGCACCAUCUAUCCCACAUCAGAUCCGGGAGCAUGAAUCAACCGGCCGUUGGACUUCCGCGCAGAGCUGCUGGGAAGUGCAAUUACAAAGACAUCCCGAUGAGCUUCGAUCGCAUGUCGGCUUGCUUCGUUGCUUGAGAAAUCUUGGUCAUUAUGAUUCUUUGCGGGCUCACAUCGUUGGAGUGCUUCAGCGUCAUCCGGACUGGGAACGGGAGCUAGCGCCGUUUUCAGUCGAGUCUAGUUUGGUGUCGAACAAUUGGGAAGGAUUGUCACGUGCGGUUCAAGUCGGAUCGCUUGAGAGCCCUGAGGUGAUUUUUGGAAAGGUGGUGGACGUGUUGCUCAAUUCUGAUGAGCAAGCAUUUAAUGAAGCCAUGAAAGAUGCCCGGAUUCGGCUUGGAAACCAGAUACUUGGUGCUUCCCGAAAAGACGCGUAUAAAAGGAUGUACGACUCGGCAAUUUACCUGCACAUUUUACACGAAUUACCCCUGAUCGACCGAGCAUGUUGCAACUCUUCACCCGCCGCACCUUCCUCAAAAAUCACUCUCAAAGCUGGAUUAACAACCGGUCGAAAUCUGAUGAAUCAUUUAGAUUUCCGGCUGGAAUCGAUUUCACCUGCGUUUCGUUAUCGCGAGCAACUUUUACGGUUAAGGAGGGCUACGUUUCAACUGAGAUCGCGAGGAGCACCCGCUGUCGGUCAGCUAUGGGUUCAAACGGCCAAGAUCGCAAGGAAAGCCGGACAUUUGCAAACAGCGUAUAGUGCGGUUCUUCAGGCUUCAGAAUCGAAGGCACCAACCGCAUUCAUCCAACAAGCCAAAUUAAUGAAGUUAGAAGAUCAGCUCCACAAGGCGGUUCUCAAACUGGAAGAUAACUUGAAAAAAUCUCCUGUCCAAGCAAUUGAUGAAAGUUUUGAUGAAUUGAACGAAAUUUGCCCGCGGGAUUAUGCAAAGGCCGGAUUGCAAAGGGUUCGAUGGAUGGAUGAGGUCGAUCGAUAUCCAGCCAACCACAUUGUUGAACAUUUUGAGAAACUUUGUCAAGAAAAUCCUAGCUGGGCUAGCUCGUAUUACUACUUUGGCCGCUUCUAUGACGAUCGGGCAUCUCAGGUUGUACCAUUUAACCGCACUUCAUCUACUCAAAAGAAUACCAGUCGAAUCGCAGUGGCAGAAUAUACAUAUCAUUGUUGUAAAAACUUCCAGAAAUCAUUGGCGUUCGGGACAAAAUUCAUUUAUCAAGCCUUACCCAGAUUACUCACUAUGUACUUCAGUUUUGGCGAACAUCCCGAUCUACUGGCAAUUUUUAAAUCGGUUGAAAAGAAGAAAAAGGGAAUGGAUAUUCGACACGAGGAUUAUACUCAAGCUCUGCGUGUAGAUGAAUUGGGAGCAGUCUUCAUUCGUGUGGAUAAAGUCAUACAAAACGCUGUAAAAAGACUGCCCGUUUUUGAGUGGUUAACGGUGCUUCCCCAAGUCGUCUCACGAGUGAUGCACAAAAGCACGCAUGUACAAGCUAUCGUCCAUAAAAUCUUAACGCAUGUGUUAAGAUCAUACCCAGAUCAAGCCUUGUGGGCAAUGGUUUCAGGUGUAGAAUCAUCAAACUCAGCUCGAUCCAGUAGAUGUACAUGGGUAUUACAAGACGCGAUGGAUGCUUCCAAUAACGCAAAAACGCACUCGGAACCACAGAGCUUAGAGCUCAAGAUCGAUCAAUGUCGCAAGAUCGUCAAGCAGCUGCUGAAACUUUGUAACUUUCCGAUCAAGAACAACGCAAAGCAUCUGAGCCUGCACGAUGUCUUUCCAGCACUUCAACAAUGUACCCCUUGCGAGUUACUAAUCCCUGUGCAGCAUUCUCUGAUUGCUAGCUUGCCUCCCAAUGACGUCAACUUUGCGAGCCACCAACCGUUCCCAUCAGGUCUACCCUGCAUAAACGGUUUUAUUGAUAAGAUCACGAUCAUGAGCUCGAUGCAAAAACCCAGGAAGAUCGGGAUCGUCGGCUCAGAUGGGAAAAUAUACCCAUUUUUAUGCAAACCAAAAGAUGAUCUGCGGAAAGAUGCUAGAUUGAUGGAGUUCAACUCGAUGAUCAACAAAUUACUCAAGAAAGAUUCUGAAUCCAGACGACGUAACCUUCAUAUCCGGACUUAUGCCGUUGUUGUAUUGAACGAGGAGUGUGGGUUACUCGAAUGGGUAUCCAAUACUAUCCCGUUUCGACAUAUUUUGGCCGGACUAUAUGCUCCUAAAGGCGUUCAGUUAUGGUCAAACGAGCUAAAAUUGUUAAGCGACAAAAUUAGAAAAUAUCGGGAAGAUUGGGACAAGGUCAAAGAUAUUUUUGAGAAUGAAAUCUUGCCAAAGUUCCCGUCGGUAUUUCAGCAGUGGUUUUUGAACAAUUUUCCUGAUCCGACCUCAUGGUUGAAAAGUAGGCAAGCCUAUGGUAGAACAUGUGCCGUGAUGUCAAUGGUGGGAUUCGUUCUUGGUCUUGGUGAUCGGCAUGGAGAAAACAUUCUCUUCGAUUCAACGAAUGGGGAUGUAGUCCACGUCGAUUUCAAUUGCUUAUUCGAUAAAGGGAGAACCUUCGAAGUAUCUGAAAACGUGCCGUUCAGAUUAACUCACAAUUUAGUCUCCGGCUUAGGGAUUACUGGGGUCGAAGGCGUAUUCAGAAGAGCUAGUGAAGUGACGAUGGGCAUCUUGAGAAAUAAUAAGGAUUCGUUGAUGAGUGUUUUGGAAACCUUUGUUCACGAUCCGUUAGUGGAUUGGAUGCCGAGUGUCUCGAAGCGCAAAGGAGUCGAUGCUCCGACUGAGGAAUAUGUGGCAAGAGAAGCCAAGAAAGCCCUCGAACCAAUAAGUCGAAAGCUCACCGGAUUCCAGAUCACUUCAUCGAGUUCUGGUAAAUGUGAUCGACAGAUGAGUACCGAAAAUCAAGUCGAUAGUUUAAUCAAUGAAGCGAGAGAUAAUCGCCAUCUGGGUCGGAUGUACUUUGGAUGGGGCCCCUAUCUUUAA